AUGUCUGAGUCAGAUAAAGGCCUUUGGAAUCCGGCGUUCAUGACUAGCGCUCAACAGCAGCAGCUGCAAUUGCAGCAGGCCGCUGCUGCUGCUGCUGCCACAGGUAAUGGGGCGCCCUAUGGAUUCAGAAACCCGUGGCACGAUACAGGAGCGUCAAAACGAAAGUCCCUGGUUUUCUCGCAUCAACAGCAACUUCCUACGACUUACGAAGAGGAACUCAUUAGCAGGGCACGCAGAAGAAACUCGAGCUUGGUGAUACCGCCUCCCAGAGCAGCGGGUCCAGCUCCUGACGCAUAUCCUCCUCCCCAUCAUGCUUUUCUGCCGUAUCAAGGAUAUCCCAAUUACGGCCAGGAAAUGCAUCGGCGACAAUCGGUAGCCGUGGCACCACAGCAUGCGUUUGCACCGCCGCCCGUGACCACUGCAAAUACGGCUGCCGCUGCUGCUGCCGCUGCUGCUGCAGCUUCAGUUUUGCCAGAAGUGCAAUUCCAUGCUCCAAUGUCACCCUUCCAUCGAAAACUCAGCUCAUAUAACGCAGGCAGUCAUGUACCGCUUCCGAUGUCACCCCCAAUGAAACAACUGCGAAGACAGCAAGAUGAUGUUAUUCCUGUCGUACUGCCACGAACGCACCGUGUUUCGUCCAAACACGAUUUGCGUCCAACUACGAAUGCCACGCCAAAAUAUAGAAGGGCCUCAUUGGACUCCAAAACCGUUUCUCCUCUUGUUGCGCUAACCAAGGCGCUGACAACAACCUACACCCUUUGCUCGCCGGACUUUUCGUACCAAACUUCCAGAAACCCCAAGAGGGUACUCACCAAACCUAGCGAAGGAAAGCACAAUAAUGGUUUUGACAAUGUGAACAGCGACUAUAUUCUAUAUGUGAACGAUGUUUUGGGAACGGAACAGAAUAGGAAAUACCUGGUUCUGGAUAUUUUAGGGCAGGGAACAUUCGGUCAGGUAGUAAAAUGUCAAAACAUGUUAACAAAAGAGAUUGUUGCUGUCAAAGUGGUCAAAUCUAAAAGUGAAUAUUUGAAUCAGAGUAUUACUGAGGCCAAAAUUUUAGAGCUUCUGAACAGUAAGAUUGAUCCCAACGGUGAACAUCAUUUCUUGCGUAUGCAUGAGACAUUUGUUCACAAAAACCAUUUGUGUCUGGUCUUUGAGCUGCUAAGCAGCAAUCUCUAUGAACUUCUCAAACAGAACCAGUUCCAUGGGCUUUCGAUAAGUUUGAUCCGAACUUUUGCACGACAGCUACUGGACUCUUUGUGUGUUUUGAAAGAUAACAAGUUGAUACAUUGCGAUUUGAAGCCAGAAAACAUUUUACUGGUUUCACUGGAUAAGCCUGAAUUGAAAGUUAUUGAUUUUGGGUCUGCAUGCGAAGAGUCGAGAACUUUAUACACGUACAUCCAAUCGCGAUUUUACAGAGCGCCCGAAGUCAUCUUGGGGAUUCCAUAUUCGACCGGUAUCGAUAUGUGGUCCCUUGGUUGCAUCAUUGCGGAAUUGUUUUUGGGUAUACCCAUAUUCCCUGGCUCUUCCGAGUUCAAUCAAAUCACCAGAAUAGUCAGUACCCUUGGUUUACCACCAGCUUGGAUGCUUGACAUGGGCAGAAAUUCAUGCAAUUUUUUGACCAAAUCAGAGGAUGACGGGAAAACUUGGGAAGUCAAAACCGUGGAAGAAUACAACAUGGAUUUCCAUGCAAAUGAAACCGCUGGAAAACAAUAUUUCAAGUGGAACAAGCUGGAAGACAUUAUUGAUAACUAUCGACUUUCCAAAAAACUGCUGGGCUCGCCACAGCUGAUAGAGAAAGAGAAACUGGACCGAAAAUGCUUGACGCACUUCUUGAAGGGUUUACUGGACUUGAACCCGCUAGAGAGAUGGACGCCGCCACAAGCAGCUAUGCAUCCUUUCAUCACCCAGCAACCAUUCACAGGUGAAUGGUAUCCACCUGGUACCGAACCAAGAAUAGCAGGGAAAGCACCACCACGGGUGCACGACCGAAGCGCUUCAUCUGAGAUAAACAAACUAAAAAUUGGCGAUUAG